CGACCCGAAGGAAAGGCCGCGCUUAUCUUACUUGCAAAUGUGGAGUGGUGGUAACUACAUACAAUUCAUUGCGUCAGUCGUGCUGUCACACUAUGGCGCUUCGGACCAGCGCACAGUUGUUCAGGCUUCAAGCCCUGCGCCAGGGAACUAGGCUACUUUCAACACAAAACAUACCGAAUGUGGCACAAAAUGGUGGUAAAGUUGCCGAAUUUCCGGGAGUUAAGGCUCCUUACGUUACCGAGAUGAAAUUCCUCAAUGAAACCAGUUACGAUCCCAUUCCUAUUUAUCGAGUGAUGGAUAACAAUGGAGGAAUCGUCGAUAGCAGAGAGGAACCCAACUUGGAUAAGGAAACUUUACUGUAUAUGUAUAAAACUAUGAUUCAGCUUAGUCAAAUGGACAAGAUAUUAUACGAGUCUCAGAGACAAGGUCGAAUUUCCUUCUACAUGACCAACUAUGGCGAGGAGGGCAUACACGUCGGCUGCGCUGCAGCUCUCACUCCUAAAGACAUGAUAUUUGCCCAAUACCGAGAAGUUGGAGUGUUGCUUUAUCGAGGAAUGACUAUCACGGAGCUGAUCAACCAGUGUUACGGGAAUGACGAAGACCCUGGAAGAGGGAGGCAGAUGCCAGUUCAUUACGGCAGCGCGCAGCAUAAUAUUGUGACGAUAUCCAGUCCUCUAGCAACACAAAUGCCGCAAGCAGUCGGAGCAGCAUAUGCCCUGAAGAGACGACCCGAUAACGACAGCUGUGUGAUCUGCUUCUUCGGAGAGGGGGCAGCGUCAGAAGGCGACGCUCAUGCCGCUUUCAACUUCGCAGCCACCCUCGAGUGCCCUGUUAUUUUGUUAUGUAGAAACAACGGCUAUGCAAUCUCGACCCCAACGAACGAGCAGUACCGAGGAGACGGCAUCGCAGCCCGAGGGCCGGCCAUGGGGCUCCAAACGAUCCGCGUGGACGGCACUGAUGCGUUGGCAAUGUACAACGCGGUCAGCAAAGCAAGGCGGAUGACCAUAGAUACUAAUAAACCUGUACUUAUUGAAGCUAUGUCUUAUAGAGUCGGCCAUCAUUCCACUUCGGAUGACAGCAGCGCGUAUAGAUCCUUAGAAGAAAUUCAUAAAUGGACAAAAGACGACAGUCCUAUAACUAAAUUCAAGCGUUACAUCGAACACAAAGGCCUUUGGGACGAAGAGACUGAUAAAACUUGGACGAAAGAAUGUCGUAACUUGGUCGUGAGAACCAUGCAAGAAGCCGAGAAGAAGAAGAAGCCACAUUGGAAAGAAAUGUUGGAGGAUGUUUAUUACGACAUGCCGCCCAGAAUUCAAAAUCAAAUGAAGCAAAUGGAGAAUCAUCUGAAAAAAUAUGGCGAACAUUAUCCCUUAGAUCAACAUAAAAGCGAAUAAAUUUUAGUAAAUUAGAAGAGGAUUUAAUUUUUUGUUAAUGUGUUUUAUUGCUAGUUAAUAAAUGAAUUAAGUGUGUAGUA